ACCGUCUAGAGGCUCGUCUUCUACUGCACAGAAGAGGGAUGUACUGGUAGGUUUUGUAAAACAAAAAGCAACUUAACAGGACAGACAAACUCAAAACUUCACAAACUCCAACAGGCUUUCAAACAAGAGGCAGAUCAUCCCGGUCACAAACAUCAGUCCACUGCACGCUCUAGAUUCCUCAAUACACCUUACAUACCACGUCAAUGCAAAGUGCCAAAACUGUGUGUUGGAUUUUGCUAUGGUGACAGCAUCGCCAAGAUUGUAGAUCCUAUCUGCGGAACUGGGAGAGGGGCUGUCGAUUUAUUUCCUUUUUUGUGUGGACUGAUCAGCUAUUGGUUGACAGCUGGAGGAAUCAUGUAGAGGACCCUCUGUCGGGGGGUGGACAGUUUCUUUGGGUCACGAUGGUUCUACACACAUCACCAUUUUCCAGUGCCUUCCUCAGGUUCCUGCACUCUCUGUCCUGGGGUCUAAUUUUCCCAUGCUUCUGGUUAUUUGACCGGUUGCUUGCAUCUUUCCUGGCCACCACAUAUGAGAAGCGUCAGCACUCGGAGGACCCCUGCUACUUCCGUGCACUCUGCAUUCUCAUCUCUACGCCGCUCUACUUGGCGUUGGUGGUAGCAACACUUCCAUUUGCAUUCCUGGGAUUCCUACUCUGGGCUCCCCUUCAGACAGUCAGGAGGCCUUACAUCUACUCCCAGUUGGGGCGGGCAGACAAGAACCGUGCAGAGCAAGGCAACGCCGGGACACCCAUCAAUGACUGGAAGGCUUCAGGAAAGAGCUUUUGCUUCUGCUCAGCCAACGUGUGCCUGCUUCCAGACUCCUUAGCCCGCUUCAAUAACCUCUCAGACACACAAGGCCGGGCCAAGGAGGUGGGAAAACGGAUCAGCAAUGGAGCUAGUCGCCCACAAAUUAAAAUCUACAUUGACUCACCCACCAACACCUCUAUCAGCGCUGUCAGCUUUACUAGCUUGGUCUCACCCCAGGGAGGUGGGGAGGUACCCAGUAAGGUGGCUUCGGUUGCAGGUGGCGUCAGGAGCAUGUCUUUAACGGAGCACAAACAUGAGAGCAAUGGGGAGGCAGAAAAAGAGCCAGAAGUGAGCAGCAGCAGUAAUUUGCAGGGACAGGAGCAAGAGAACACCCCUUUAAAUGAGCCUGACUCAGCUUCAGUGGUUCAGAUUAGCAUCAGCGCUCCGGAACCUUCGAAUGACCAGGAACCAGAGGACAGCCAGAUGCCCAAUGACAAGCUGAAGGAAGGGGAUUCAGGCAGCCUUGAUAGCAAGACUGCCUCCAGAGAUUCCCUGGUAAAGUUCCACAUUAGCGACAGCAAUGCAGUCAACAACAAGUUGGUGUACCGGGCCUCCAUGAUUAAGAAGGCUUCGGCCAGGAAGAGACGACAUGCAGUCGACUCUUUUGAUCAUGAGAUAUCUGCCUUUUUUCCUGCCAACCUGGACUUCCUGUGCCUGCAGGAAGUCUUUGACAAACGUGCGGCUGAGAAGCUAAAGAACCAGCUGCACCACUACUUCCAGCACGUGAUCUACGAUGUGGGCUGCUACGCCUGGAAGGGUUGUGGCCCUUUCAAAUUCCUCAACAGCGGACUCCUUCUGGCAAGCCGCUACCCUAUCCUGGAUGCUUCAUACUGCUGCUUCCCCAACGGACGGGGAGAAGAUGCACUGGCGGCUAAGGGGGCUCUUUUCGUCAAGGUGCAUGUGGGAUCUACACCUCAAGAUCAAAGAAUUGUGGGAUAUAUUUCCUCUACUCACCUGCAUGCUUUGGAAGCAGACUGUGCGGUUCGAUGUGAGCAGCUUGAUCUGCUUGUCGACUGGCAGUCCGAAUUCAUAAAAUCUACCUCCCGUCCUGCUGGGGCAGACAGUCCCGAGGACAUGGUGGCAUUCAACGUGAUUUGUGGGGACCUGAAUUUCGACAACUGCUCAUCAGAGGACAAGCUGGAGCAGCAGCACUCCCUGUUCACCCGCUACAAGGACCCCUGCCGACUGGGACCUGGCGAGGACAAACCGUGGGUCGUGGGAACGCUCCUGGACCCAUCUGGGCUCUAUGACGAAGAAGUUAGUUCUCCAGAGAAUCUACAAAAAAUCAUGGAGAAUGAAGAAGGGAGAAAGGAGUAUCUGGUAUAUCCUACCAGCAAGAACCACGGCUCCAGUCAAAAGGGUCGGAAGAUACCACUCAAGGGCAGUGGGAGGAGAAUUGACUACAUACUGUACACUGAGGAAGGACUUCAGCCUGAAUGGAAAGUGGAUAUUGAAGAGUUUAGCUUCAUCACCCAAUUGGCAGGGCUGACCGAUCACCUGCCUGUAUCAAUGCGCAUGACAGUCUCAACCGGAGACGAGGAACCCUAGAAACACAGAGAGGCUGAGAAAACAAGAGAGAGGCAAAUGAGGGGGGAGAAGGGCAGACUGUUCAGGAGAACACUGCUCAGCAGGAGACUUGAAGCAAAGACAAGAGAGGAAGGUAGAGCUUUCUUACAGCGCCUGGCAGGCAAGCUCACCCCAACCUUGCACCUCUUUUAAAGCCACAUUCUGUUUGGCUAACCUAUGGUGAUGUAACAUGGAUGGAAGAGGCUAUCCAGACUGUUUGUUGUUGCCAGUCCCUGGCUUCUUUUCUGGGCAUACUCAAGGAGGACUCUUUGAGACUGCGAAGAUGAGAGAAGGAGAACACCUUAUCCAUUCUGUUGGACCAAUGCCACUAUUAUAAUAAUUAUUAACACAGAAAGUUAUUUUCUACCAGUAGAUAGCACAAUUCAGUUUGUAACACAGCUGCAGCUGAGUGUUUUCUGUUUUCUUUGUCAUACAUUCUUCUGAAGUCUCAAAAACGUUUUCUUUUUUUUUUUAAACAGAAAUCUUUAAAUGUUAAUGCUAGCAUGCUGUUGGAAUGAGAUGAAGUUGCAUGCAACACAAACUAGGUAGUACUCCCUAGCAACAGGAAUGUUUUCAUUGGUUCAGCAGCGGCAAAAUCCUCCUUUCUGAUUGGAAAGCCAUUGUUUUGUAACAGCAGGGGAGCAUCUGUUCCCUUCCCACAAUCUUCAGGGGAACUUCUUUGCCAAACCUUUUAGACUAUACAUAGCUUUGCCUAAUUCUGACUCCAAAAACAUCUAAAAUGUAAUUCUGGGAGCUGUAUGAUAUUUUGUAAGCUCUAUCCCAAUGACACAAUCUUUGCCAUGUGUCCCUAGUGACUAAGGGAUGAGAUGUGUAGUCUAUGUGUCCCUUUCUUAGUGCUUCAUUUCCAUAUCCUUGUCUCCAAGGUGCUGGUAAGACCAGUUCAGUGGUGUGAUGUGCUGUCAUGGUGCUACUGUGCGAGUUGUAGCGUAGUUCCAAAAAUAAAAUGAUUAACGCAUAGUGCUAAGAAAGUAAACCCAAGGGAUUCAAUUAGGAAGAGUGGGGAAAAAAAAAGUAUUUUGUGAUUGCACAUUGCAUUGUUUGUUAUGCUAUGCAAAUCCCCAGGUGAACAAACAAUAUAGAUUGCCAAAAAAUCUAACAAUAUGUAGAGGGAGAUUUAAUCUGUUUUUCCGAUAUUUUAUUGAUUAUUCUGUUGAUUUUAGGCAUCCCCAUAAAGGAACUGCCAUGUUUUUAUAAAUCUACCUAAGGUGCCACUUCGAUCACAGCUCAUGGGCCCUGUUCACAAACUGUUCAGACUGCUUUUUUUUUCUCAAGCCAAUUUUGAUGAAUUAAAACAAGUUUGUAGUUCAGAAAAUCCUUUUCAACUGUUUUAGAGAGAGAUGUUUAUUCUCACUAGUAUUUUCAAAGCACUUUUAACCUAAGAGAACCACCCUCAAAAUUUUGAAUAGGGCCCAUAGCUCAUAAACUGUUAAGAUAUGGCUUCGUAUUUUCAGUGUUUUGGAAACUCCUCAGGCAAAAUGUAAGAUACCGUUUUACCUGUGACCUGAUAUAGCUGCCAGAGUUUGAUCAUGUGAGUUUUGGUUUAUGGAUGACCAAGUGUUUUGUAAUAUCUCCCUAUUCAGUAAACUCUUGUAUUACAUGAUUCUAAGGUCAGAUUUGAUCAUGGGUAUUUUCCUAUAUCGUCCAUUUUGUAGAUGCAGCAGCUGCCUCAUAUCUUUAUAAAUACCAUAGUGUUAAGGUAAAUGUGUCAGUGACUUGACCUUGUCUUAUGACCAGUUAUUUUUUUGCUGCCUCAUUGAGGUCAUUUGACUUUUUAGGUUUCAGCCUCACAGAGACAACAUAUGUUGAUAUAUUGUCUCAAUAUUUGGUAUCCAUUUUGUAUUCUAUUGUUGUCGGAGUCAAGUUCCAUUAUGGUUAAACAUUAAUCAUGUAACUGCUGAUGGUCAUAUCAAUGAUAGAGACCACACUUCAAAUCUGGCACAAAGCUGUUUACAAGCCAAAAGUGCUUUAUGAGCCCCCCUGAGCUUAUCGCUUGUCCAAUUAUACACAUUUCUGGUUGUAUGUGGUAUUUUAGUUACAUGGUAUUGACUUUCAAACCCAUACGUUAUAAAAUCUCAGUAGCACAGAUCAUUACAGUCGUGGUUCUGGUAGAAUUUGCAGUGUUUAUAUUUUAUUAUUAUGGAAACUGAUACAUCACAUCAGCAAGAAGCAUGGUUCUGAAAAUGAUGCACUGGAGGAUGGAUUGUAUUAUGUGUUUAUCACUGAUUCCUGUGGGCAGGAAUAAGACCCACGCAGAAGAAAACCAAUCAGUGAAAUGUCCCGUCUGUGGCCUGCAUGCUCUUUGUACGACACACUAUAAGGCUUUUAAUCUUUCCUAAGAUACUGUAGAACAUCAUUUCUUUUUUUAAUGAUCCUGAGUAGUCAGGAACAACUUUGUUAUGAAUGGUAGUGAUGUUUUAUAGCCUAUCGUUAUACAAAGUAUAUUUCUUCUGCUUUUUAAAACUAUUUCAUCUUCUGUCUGUGUGUUUAUUUCAUUUUGUUUUCCACCAAAACACCAAGCAGUUGGUCAAACUGGAUUUUUUGGGGACAGUGUGUGGUUAGCAUGCAGAGGCAUCUCUUUACGGUACAACUGCGCUACUGUACAGUACAGUAACUCACAGUAAGUAGUAGUCCAGUUUUCAUCCUUAAACAUAAUCAUGGUACAA